AAUGUUCGCAUAAAAUUCUAUUUAUUUAAGUUAGGUUAUACCUAUGACAUAAUGCUCGUUAAACGCCUAAGGCAAGUCAGCAUUCACUCUCUAUUCAGAACCAGCCAAUCAGAAUGUUCAAGAUAGCAUGUCGUGGUAAUACCAAUAACCUAAACUAAUUUAGUAUGCUUAUAGUUAUAUUUGAAGUUCGUACAAUUUUACGGCGAAUAUAUAUAUCAAGCUUUGAGCUUAUUAGGUUAAAUAUGAAACUAUUAUGUUUUGCACAGGUUUUAUAUUGAUAGGUAUUUAACUUAUACACGUAAAAAGCACAAGAGGAAUUUGAACAAAGUUCAGAAUAAACGACGUUUGUCGCGGAGAUUUAAAAUGGAUAGGGGAAGAAAAAAACGUGCUUUUAGCAGUUUACCCACCCCUCAUGGUAUAAUUCUCUGGAUAUUUAUUUUUGUUUGCGCAACAUACCCAAACGGUAUUGCUGCGACUGAUGAAACAUCCGUGAAAGUUGAAGUCCAUUGGAACAACGAACAACCGUGGCAGUUACUUGGUGCUGCGGACCCCAUACAAAUACGUCGAGAUAUGGCACGAAUGAUGUCGGAUAAAUCCUACUAUAAUGAGGUGUUGGAGCAUCUGGCUCGAGGAAAAUCUCAUUCUAUAAAAAAGCGCCAAACAAGCUCUUCAAAUUCAUCGGAAAACCGUCCACCUUAUUUCACAUCUCCCAAGACAAUCGGUGUAACAGUUGGGGAAGUGUCCACUGCACAAGUGACUGCAAAAGAUCUUGAUAGGGAUAGGGUUACCAUUAUACUUGAAUCACCUUCACCAAGCUCGUCACUUACAAGCGGUAAUGUGCAUCAGUUCGGUAUCGUCAAUUGUCAAUUUAACGGCAAACUCAUUGAGUAAACUAUAUUUCAUAUCUGUCUUUAAACUAACAAGGUAGUCAUUUCACAUAAUGUAGAUAUCCAUCAAGUAUCGGAUGUUUUAAUUGUACAUAAAUGCUACUUGAAAAAAGCUACCGCAACCGUCUAUUCAGUUUCGUGUCACGCGUCUCCAAUUGAAAUUAGUUUGUCUACGUCACGACAGGAUAAUUACAAACUUUAGGUUUCGGAAAGGUUUGGAUUAGAUAGACGUUAGCGAUGAAGUUUGUAAUUGUACGUCACGAUAUUUAUUUACAAUAACUUCAUGCACACACAAAUUAAAAACAACAGUGCUUUCAGAAAGUCACAACUUGGUUAACAGUAUAUUGGUAUAUAAUCAAUUUCAUAGGGAAGCAAUGAAUCUCUCAACUUAAAUCACUGAUUUGGUUUUCCUUGAAAAAAGAUUAGGCUGGAGUAGAAUGUUGCGUAACAUUUUAAUCGUAUGUUCCUUGCAGACGUCACUUAACCCACAACGUGAUUAAUUGACGCAUAUUAUCGUUGAAAUUGAGAUGCG